CAGAUUCAGCAACAAUGAGAUGUGCAGUUGUAACUGGAGCAAAUAAAGGAAUUGGACUAGAGAUAUGCAGACAGUUAGCUUCUAAUGGAGUCAUGGUGGUAUUAACAGCUAGAGAUGAGAAGAGGGGUCUUGAAGCUGUGGCAAAGCUUCAUGAAUCUAGCCUGUCUAAUGUAGUUUUUCAUCGGCUUGAUGUGAUGGAUGCCAAGAGUAUCACUACCUUGGCAAAAUUCAUUGUAACCCAUUAUGGGAAGCUUGAUAUUUUAGUGAAUAAUGCAGGGGUUAAUGGAGCCAUUGUCGACUGGGAAGCACUUAAGACCUUAAACCUUGGGGACACUGAAUUGGUGAAUAAAAUAUUAACGCAAACUUAUGAGUUGGCUGAAGAAUGUGUAAAAACAAACUACUAUGGUACCAGAGCAGUGACUGAGGCCCUUCUUCCAUGCCUUCUGCUAUCAAAUUCAGGAAGAAUUGUGAAUGUGUCUGCAGGUCUUGGAAAGCUUGAGUUUGUCUCCAAUGAAAGGGUUAGAAUGGAGCUAAAUGAUGUUGAUGUACUCUCAGUAGAGAGAUUAGAUGAGAUAGUGAAUGAAUUCCUCAAUGAUGUUAAGGAGGACAGGUUACAUGACAGAGGCUGGCCAACUCAGACAUCUGCAUAUAUAAUCUCCAAAGCAGCCGUGAAUGCCCACACAAGGAUUGUUGCCAAAUCAUACCCAAGUCUCCUCAUAAAUUGUGUUUGUCCUGGUUCCGUCAAAACCGAUAUGAGUUGCAACACUGGUCUCGUUACUGUUGAAGUGGGUGCCAAAGGCCCUGUUAUGUUGACUUUGCUUCCAGAAGGAGGACCUUCUGGCCUCUUUUUCCAAAAGAUGGAGGCAUCAAGCUUUUGAUCACAAGUCUGUGUUUCCUAUGGUUGUAUUUGUAAGGUUAUCCAACUUUCCUAUGCUUUGCUGAGACAAUGGGGUGAUAGAUGUGAAG